AUGGAUUCUAAAGAAACCCGCAAACAGCAAGAACAACAACAGCAGCAGCAGAAUCAGCAGCCUCCUGGGAUGCUUACGGGUUUCUUCGAUCUAAACGUCGCCGCGCUAGUAGAUCCGACCUCCCCUUCUCAGGCCAUGAACCAACAACGUUCAUCUGCCAGGGAUCUCUCGUUGCGUGAGCCUCAACAAUCGCUCGGGCUCGACGGAUCUCCUACCUCCUCCGUCGCUACGCAACAAUCGUCGGUGCAAGUCGGGAACGAGCAACGAGUACGACGAGGAAGUAUGCUUCGGCUUCUGAAUCUGGUGCUAACUCAUCUGCUAAACGAGGCAGAGGACAUAGCUGCCAAGGUAGUGGCGUUUAUGAGUCAAGAACCACGCGAGACCUGUAUCAUCUCAGCUUCAGGAGAUAUAUCUUUUGCCCUGAUUCAACUUACCAAUCCUAAAGGACUUCUUAAGUGCGAGGGCCGAUAUAUUAUCGUUGCUAUGUCAGGUUCUGUCUUGAAUACUGAGAAUAAUGGUACUGUGACCAGAGAUGGUAGCUUGAGAGUGUCUAUUUCUGGUCGUAAUGGCCGGGUGUUCGGGGGUAUUGUUGCUGGAAGGCUAGUAGCUUUGUCACCAGUCCAGGUCGUUGUUGGAAGCUUUGUGAGAGGGAAUGUUCAGAAUAACCCCGAGCCAGCUUCAGCAACAGAAAGCCCUCAGUCUCGGUCUCAGGGACCUCCACGUUCAAGCGAGUCAUCCAACAAAAAUGGUAGUAAAUCUCCGUUGCAACAAUCCUAAAUAAGCAAAUGGGUUUUGCUUCUUUGCUCCUUUCCCACAUCUCUACAUCACAUCAAUUGUCC